GGAAUCUCUCUCGAGUUGUCUCUUUCUUCACUCCCACCACUCCUCGAAAGUCGCUAAAUACGCUGCGCAAAAAUUCUCUCCGCCACCUCCAUCUCCGCCGCUCCCUGGAAGCUCCCGAGGUCGACGCCGCCGCCGCCGGCGAGAGAGCCGGCCGGAGGGAGGAAGGGACGGAGGGAGCGGCGCACAAGUGGAGAAGACGAAUUUCGACACUCCUCUCUCUCUCUUCUAUAUAAGCCGGCCGCCACCGAGCUCUGGUCAACCCCUAUCCUAUCGGAACAUCGGGUCAGCCGCCAUGGCCGGCGAGCCGCGACCCACCUCCGAUUCCGACCGCAACAAGCGCACGAUCCCGACCUACAUGAAGGCGAUCUCGGGCUCGCUCGGGGGCACGGUGGAGGCGUGCUGCCUCCAGCCGAUCGACGUCAUCAAGACGCGGCUCCAGCUCGACAAGUCCGGCGCCUACAAGGGGAUCGCCCACUGCGGCGCCACCAUCGCCAGGACCGAGGGCGUCCGGGCCCUGUGGAAGGGCCUCACGCCGUUCGCGACGCACCUGACGCUCAAGUACACGCUCCGGAUGGGGUCGAACGCCAUGCUCCAGUCGGCGUUCAAGGACCCGGAGACCGGGAAGCUCACCAACAAGGCCAGGCUCUUGUCCGGCUUCGGCGCCGGGGUGCUCGAGGCUCUCGUGAUCGUCACUCCAUUUGAGGUUGUUAAGAUCAGAUUGCAGCAACAAAGAGGUUUAAGUCCGGAGCUUUUAAAGUACAAGGGUCCUAUUCAUUGUGCCCGGACUAUCAUUCGUGAAGAAGGCCUUCGUGGGCUGUGGUCAGGGGCUGCACCAACGGUCAUGCGCAAUGGGACCAACCAGGCCGCUAUGUUUACAGCGAAGAACGCUUUCGAUGUGCUAUUAUGGAAUAAGCAUGAGGGCGAUGGCAAGGUCCUCCAACCAUGGCAGUCCAUGGUUUCUGGAUUCCUCGCAGGAACUGCAGGUCCUGUGUGCACUGGGCCCUUCGAUGUUGUCAAGACGAGGUUGAUGGCUCAAACUCGACAUGGUGGAGAGUUGAAGUACAAGGGCAUGGUUCAUGCCAUCCAAACAAUUUUUAAAGAGGAAGGGCUUCUCGCUUUGUGGAAGGGACUCCUGCCUCGGCUCAUGAGAAUCCCGCCCGGCCAGGCCAUUAUGUGGGCUGUCGCAGAUCAGGUGACCGGAGUCUAUGAGAGGAAAUUUCUCAGAAAUGCGCCGGUCUAGUCAUUGAUUGACGUUAGUCCUCUUUUCUCGUCUUUGUGGCCAUUUAGUAGGUAGUCAAAUCGAUUAUUUGAUUAGAUUAUCUUCUUUCCAAUUAUCUAGAUGAACACCAUUUAGCUAGACGAGGUCAUCAGUGAUUUUGAAUUGUAAAAACAUGAUUUAUCCAAUUGGCAAGCUUUCUAAAAGUUUUGACGGGGAUGGAAUAAAAUUAAAAGCAUGUACUUUGCUCUUUGAUUCAA